CGGGUGUAAAAUUUCUAAGUCCCCAAUAAUUGUAACUGUCAAUUGUCUAGAAGCUCCGAAGCCAAAGUAUUUGGUUUUCGCUAACCGCAAGUUUCAGCGUGCAGUGCAUGUUUAAUUUAACAUAACCUUAAUUAAACCUUUAUAAGUAUAAAUAUAGAUUAAAUUGUUUAUUUGGGUCAAAUCGGGUGAAUUAAGUGUCUAUUAUAGAAUUAGUUGUUUAUUGGAUAAAUAAAUAUAUUUCUGAUAGUGAAUCUAAAUCAAGUAUGGAAGUAAAAGAAGAAUUUAGUGAGAACCAGUGUAAAAUUGAAACAGUAGAUUAUGAGAUGGAUAAUUGUCUUUUGGAUAGUGUUAAAUUUGAGGCUAAGGAAGAACCCAAGGAAGAAAGUAUACAUAAUACAUUGGAGUAUUUAGACUUAAAUAAAAUCUUCAUAAAGACUGAAAUAGAACAAGAUGAUACACUUAAAUUAUUUGAGGAGAAACAAACAAGGCAAUCAGGUUUUUCGUGUGAAGAUAUAAAAACGGAUCCGGGUAAUAUAUUAAAACAAGAUGAUGACGGAAGUAAUAUAUUAAACCAGGAUUUAACUGAUGCCAUGGAAGUGAACACCAGAGAAAAACCCUUUAUACCAGAAAUUUUUCCCAGACAGUCUACAACAAAGCCUGCUUUAAAAGUACAUGAAAAAAACCUCAACGGGGAAAAAGGUUUAAGUUGUGAAAUAUGCAAACAACAGUUUUCAUAUAAUUACAGAUUAAAGGAACAUGCAAGAGUGCACACCGGAGAAAAACCUUUUACAUGUGAUAUUUGCAAUAAACAAUUUUCACAGGGAUCUAGUUUAAAAACACAUUCAAGAGUUCAUACCGGUGAAAAACCAUUUGCAUGUGAAAUAUGCAAUAAACAGUUUUCACAAAAUUCUAGUUUAAAAGAACAUAUUAUAAUAGUACAUGCCAGAGAAAAACCAUUUACAUGUGAAAUUUGCAAGAAACAAUUUUCAAAGAAUUCCGAUUUAAAAAUACAUUUAAGAGUUCAUACCGGUGAAAAACCAUUUGCAUGUGAAAUAUGCAACAAACAGUUUUCACAAAGAUCCACUUUAAAAGGACAUAUGGGAGUACAUUCUGUAGAUAAACGUUUUGCUUGUGAAAUUUGCAUCAAACAGUUCUCACGGAGUUCCGAAUUAAAAAUACAUUUAAAAGGCCACACUGGAGAAAAACCAGUUACAUGUGAAAUUUGCAAUAAAGAAUUUGCACGAAGUUAUGAUUUAAAAAUACAUUUAAGAGUUCAUACCGGUGAAAAACCAUUUGCAUGUGAAAUAUGCAAUAAACGGUUUUCACGAAGUUCUCAUUUAAACACUCAUAUUGGUAGUUCAUUAUGUGCAGCAAUCAUAAAUAUACACUGUACUAUUGCUACGAGCAAGAUCAAGUACAGUGAACCCAAAUGCACUAGCGCUCUUAUACAAGCCAAGAAGAAGAAGAAGAUAACAUCCAUUUUAGCGUUAAUUGUUUAUUGGAUAAACAUAUUACUGUUAGUCAAGCUAAAUCAAAUGGAAGUAAAACAAGAAUUUAGUGAAAAGCUUUGUAAAGCAGAACUAGUAGAUUAUGACGUGGAUAAUUAUCUUUCGGAUAUCUUUAAAACUGAGGCUUCAGAAGAACCCAAGAAAGAAAGUGCACAUAAUACAUUUGAUUAUUUAGACUUCGAUAAAAUCUGCAUAAAGACUGAAAUAGAACAAGAUGAUACACCUCAAUUAUUUGAAGAGAAACAAAUAGAGGAGGCAGGUUUUACGUGUGAAGAUAUAAAAACUGAUCCGAGUAAUAUAUUAAAACAAUAUGAUCACGAAAGUAGUCAAUUGAAUCAGUAUUUAACUGACGCUAUGGAAGUGAACACAAGAGAAGAACCUGUUAUAUCAGAAAUUUUUCCCACACAGUCUACAACAAAGACGGUUUUAAAAAGUUUUAGUUGUGAAAUAUGCAAACAACAGUUUCCAUUUCAGUCCAAAUUAAAAGAACAUGCAAGGGUGCAUAGCGGAGAAAAGCCUUUUAAAUGUGAUAUUUGCAUGAAACAAUUUUCAAAGAAUUAUGAUUUAAAAAGACAUUUAAGAGUCCACACUGGUGAAAAGCCAUUUUCGUGUGAAACUUGCACCAAACAGUUUUCAACGAGUUACGAUUUGAAAAUACAUUUAAGACUUCAUACCGGCGAAAAUCCAUAUGAGUGUGAAAUAUGCAAGCAACAAUUUUCAAAAAAUUAUGAUUUAAAAAGACAUUUAAAAGUCCAUACUUGCGAAUUUUCAUGUGAAAUCUGCUUGAAACAAUUUUCAAGGAGUUAUGAUUUAAACAGACAUUUAAUAGUUCAUACUGGUGAAAAAUCAUUUACAUGUGAAAUAUGCAGCAAAGAGCUUUCAACGAGUUAUGAUUUAAAAGUACAUUUAAGAGUUCAUACCGGUGAAAAACCAUUUGCUUGUGAAAUAUGCAACAAACAGUUUUCACAAAGUUCUACAUUAUACACACAUAUGUCAGUACAUUCUGCAGAAAAACAUUUUAAAUGUGAAAUUUGCACCAAACAGUUUUCACGAAGUGACGGAUUAAGAAUACAUUUAAGAGCUCACUCUGGAGAAAAACCAUUUACAUGUGAAAUUUGCAUGAAACAAUUUUUAAGGAGUUAUGCUUUAACAAGACAUUUAAGAGUUCAUACUGGUGAAAAACCAAUUGCAUGUGAAAUAUGCAACAAACAGUUUUCAGAAAGUUCUAAUUUAAAAAAACAUAUGGUAGUACAUUCUGAAGAAAAACCGUUUUCAUGUGAAUUUUGCACCAAACAGUUUUCACGACAUAAUCAUUUAAAAGAUCAUAGAAAAGUACACACUGGAGAAAAACCAUUUACAUGUGAAAUAUGUAACAAACAGUUUAGACAAAGUUCUAAUUUAAACGCACAUAUGGUAGUACAUUCCGUAGAAAAACCUUUUGCAUGUGAAAUUUGCGCCGAACAGUUUUCACGGAGUUCCCAAUUAAAACUGCAUUUAAGAAUAAGUCAUACUGGAGAAAAACUAUUUACAUGUGAAAUUUGCAAGAAACAAUUUACAAGGAGUCAUGAUUUAAAAACACAUUUAAGAGUUCAUACCGGUGAAAAACCAUUUGCAUGUGAAAUAUGCAACAGACAGUUUUCACAAAGUUCUAGUUUAAAAGGCCAUAUGGUAGUGCAUUCUGUAGAGAAACAUUUUGAAUGUGAAAUUUGCACGAAACAGUUUUCACGAUAUUCCAACUUAAAGGUGCAUAGUAGAGUACAUACUGGAGAAAAGCCGCCAUAUUUUGCGUGCGAUAUUUGUAGCAAAACAUUUUCAAAAAAGAAGAGCUUAAAAAGACAUCUAUCUGAAAACAACUGUCAUAUGCCAAGCAAUAAUUUGCUCUAAUUUUACAAAGAUAUAUUUAACCCUCUAACAGGCAAGACCGUCUUAAGACGGUCUUUGCAUUUUAGCUUAUAAAACUUAUACCGAAUGGUUUUUGCUGCCACAGUAACGACAUGCAUCUUUAAAAAACCUUCCUUGACGUUAUUCGAUACAACUAAACACAUUCUUGCAUCGCGAUUACGUUAUUAUCGUUAUCGUUAGUCAAGUGCUAACAUCCCAUAAAAUGGCAGUGAAAAUUAUUUCUUCAUAAACAAUAUUUUUAAAUCAUCAAAAAACACGUUUAGAUCAAAGUGAUCAACUUGAUCAUUUUAUGGUAAGUAGAUUAUAUUUCAUGUCUCAGUAAUAUAAUAAGAUUUUAGUAAAAACUAUUGUGUAAAUAGGCUUUAUAAACAAAAAUACCAAGACAGUCUUAAGACGGUCUUGCCGGUUUACAGGGUUUACAUAUAAAAAAUAUCCCCUUCAGUAUGAAAUUUUGUUAUCUUUUUGUGCGUAGGAACAUGCUUAUUUUCCUGUUGUUCUAUUAUUUUUCUUUUCUGUGAUAGAUGCAUCGUCUAAAUCGUAACCAUAAGAACAAAAUCAAUUUGGAAGAAUUGUCUGAUGCACAAUUAUUCGAUUUUAUUGAUUCCGUUGAAAUCGACGAUAGCAUUUAUAGUAGUGACGAUAGUAUUGUGGAUCCUGACUAUGUUGAUAAUAGUAUUGAGCCUGAAAAGCCUUACAGCCUAUCCGAGGUAUCAGAGGCUAAAUCACAAGUUAUUGACGACUGCAUUCAGGAAAUGCUUGAAGCUGAGAUAAUUGAUGCAUUUGUAAAUUAUAUAAAUUUGUCAAUGGAUAUUAAUAAUGUUGAUCAACCAGCAGCUUCUUCAACAUUAGUUUUGGAUGAUGUAGCGACCGAAACAUCACGCAAUUGAUAGGUGGAAUCGAUUUGAUGGAUGGCCUUAUGGGUCGAUAUGACAUUCGAACUAAAAGCAGAAAUAUUAUGAUUCGGAUAUUCUAUCAUUUUGUCGACAUGGUGGCCACAAACGCAUUCAUACUAUAUAAACUUAUACGUGCCGAAAAGGCAAAUAAUUACAGUAACUGUUGCGAAGAGGAGAGGCUUCUAUCUCUUUCACAAUUCCGUGAAGAGAUAGAAUCUGGCCUUGUUUCGUUCAAGGAAAAACGAAAUGUAGGUCGACCAUCAUCAGCUCGAAAUGGUGAACCUGGUUCUUCUAGUAAAACUAGUUCAUCUGGUGUUGAAAAAAGAGCGGUUCAUCAAGUUGCUGAUGUACGUUUUGAUGGUGAAAACCAUUUUCCAGUUUGGGUUGAUCGAAAAGGCAAGAAAAGGUUUAAGCUGUGUAAAAAAUCUGAUACGCAGCUUGUUUGUUUCAAAUAUGACCUCCAUUUAUGCGGCACAGUCGGUAAAAAUUGUUUUUGGGAUUACCACCAUCAAAAAUAACAUGUUAUAUACUUAUUUUUCUUAAUAAAUCUUGUUUUAUAAUAAACAUCUACCAAAUUUAUUUUUUACUCAUAACCCGUCAAGACCGUCUGUAGACGGUCUUCACUAUUUCUCACCUAGCACUUAUUCUAGACAAGAUUUUUAGCAGAAAAUUUAAAAAUAAGUUAUUUUUGCCUAUAUUUACUUUUAAAAAAAUAUCAACUUAAACAAAUAAUUUUUACGAUUUGGCCUGUUAUGAGGGUUAAAUAGUAUCUAGGUGUAACAAUAGACAACUCGAACGACAGGAGCGCAGAGAUAACUGAAAGGGUAAAAGCGGGUAAUAUAGCAUAUAAUAAUAUAUUGUUACGGCAGUUCCGUAGAUUGAUCCUACAUAGAAAAAGUCCCUUAACGUGAAAGAAGCAGUAGUCACGUACGAGAAUGUUCUAGACGUCAUGGAAUAAUCCAGAAAUGUCUAGAAGGUCAUAAAAUCUAUAUAAGCAUAUGUGUUUGACAUUUUAGAAAUAGUUUUAUUUUAGCGUUUAAAGUUGUAAAAGUAUUGGAAAUGUAGUGGAGUUUAAUAAAGUUAUUUAGUUAUUAUUCCGGGUAAUAUACAUAAUAUGUAUUAAAACAAGAUGAUGGCGCAACUAGUCAAUUGAAUAAGUAUUUAACUGACGCUAUGGAAGUGAACACCAGAGAGAAACCUAUUAUACCAGAAAUUUCUCCAAACAGUCCACAGUAAAGACUGUUUUUAAAAAUAUACAGCGGAGAAAAACCUUUUAAAUGUGAUAUUUGCAUGAAACAAUAAUUCUCAAAGAAUUAUGAUUUAAAAAGACAUUUAAGAGUUCAUACUCGCGAAAUUUCAUGUGAAAGUACCGCGCACAAACCUUAUGGAAAUUAAGUCCCAGUAGAUUUAGUUCAUACUUGAGAAAAUACUCUUUUAAGCAUUGUGAUGAAAAGUUCUCAUGGGCACAACUCGUUCGUAUGAAGGAUUUUCAAGAUAUAAAAGCACAAACACGUGUAACGAUAUGAUACCUCGGCAAGCGAUGAGCUGCUAUAGCAGAGACGACCGAUGGAGUGUCCGUGUUUGCGCAUUCCUUCUUCAUAGCACCGCUGGGGGAAAUCGAAGGAGUAGUGGCAUCGAGAGCAUAUUUAAGGCGAACCAGGAGAAUGAGGAAAUCGGUCAUCAGUCGUGGCUAGCGAAUUUAACUAACCAUGGCUCAACAGCUGCUGCUCGCGUAUUGAACGAGCUUUAGCUGGCUUGGCAAAGAUGCACCGUUUGUGAGGUGGGACUAUGCCUAGGCGGACGCCACAGUAGUGACGUGGGUCUUGCCAUGAUCGUUAUCGCAGUAGGCGGUAGUAGCGAGGAAUGAUCCCCGGAUCGGAAUAUAGGGCUAUGUUGAUUUAACGUAGCGAGAUUGUUAUUGUAUAUAUUAGAGAGUUAUCAAGUAAAAUUCUAUCCAUCCGUUAUUUUGACACGUAAACGCUAUUUUUUUACAGUAUAAAUUUUAACGUAUAUGUAAUUUUAGAGUUAUCAAGUGCUUCACGUUAAAAGUUGGUAGCUGUCAGUCAAAUGUUGUAUUUGACAGCAAUAUAAAUAUAAUUAAAUUUGUUUAAAUUUUUUUCUAUUUUUGGUUUCUUUCACCCAAGAUACAUAAUAUUUUGUAAUUUUGCCUGGUUUUGAAUCAUUUGGGUUUCAAAAUUUUUCUAAAGAAAUAUGGAAGAGAUCUUAGAACAAGCAAUAAGGUACUGAGGGCAAUGACGAAGAUUUAGAAAAAAAUUGAAAAUAAAAUGUUUUCCACCAACUUUCCACUAACUCCAAAUGUUAGCAGAUGGUCAAUCAACCAAGAAAACAAGGACAAAACACCUUAUUAAUGUACAGAAAUAAAAUUUCAUAACAAAGAACAGAUGACAUAACCACACAUAACAGAACUUAAAUGUCCGAGUCUUGCCGAAUUGGUGCGAUUCGCUUCUAACGUUACCGUAUUUCAAGCCCGCUAUUCGACGUACCGUAACGGAGCCCGUAAACGUUAAAAUCAUUUCCGUUAUUCAAUCUUCAUACUGCGCAUGCUCCAUUUCUAAAAUAACGUUACCGUAUUCUCCUAGAAGUACUUGAUAACUCUCUAUUGCAUUAUCGUAUUAUUUUAAUGUUGGUAUUAUGAUCGGAUGACUGUAAUUAUGGAGACCUACACAGAGGAGAGGAAUCGAGAUAGGACGACCUUGAAAUUUUUGUACACGAUUUUGCCUGUUUGCUUGGUUUCUCGCUAGGGCGGCGGUGGCGUAGAGAUAGAUGCUACUUUUGCAUUGGAGUGAAUGUGAAAAUUUCGAAAAUAAUUAAUUAUUCGUAGUUAAUAUAAGAUUAUUGGUUUUGGUGGUUAAUAUUAUUUAAAUAUGAGUGCCAAGAAAGCUUACACUAAAAGAACUUGCUUCGUACCGGGAUUUAUAUCGAGUUAUCGUUCCGAUAAAAAAUUCAAAAGGGAACUUAAUGAAGUUAAUAAAGACUUUUUAUAAAUAUUUGUCUUUAUGUUAUUUAUAACGUUCAUGGAUUAUACAUAUUCGUUUGUAUGUUAUUUCCUUCGGUGUAAAUAAAAUUUGUGCCUAUUAUUGGUUUUUAUUUUAACCUGAAAAUUAUAGUGAUAAUAGUAGGAGGAUCUUGGAAAGUUUUUCUGUCGAAACAUUGCAUUUUUUGAGACAAAAUAUUUCACAAAAAUUAACAUUUAUUUUAUAAAAGUCAGACUAUCGUCUGCGUAGUUUAUAGACAUAUAUUUUUAUUAACUAAAUUUAAACAUCUGAUAGGUAAGCUUUCAGAAUAUAGAUAAAUGAUAGUAUUCAAAAGAAAAAGCAGUUUAAAUUUUGAUAAAAAGAAUAAUUUAAAAAAAAUUGAUCAAUAAACUUCAAAUUAUUUAAAUAACUUUUUAAACUUUUUAAAAACAAUUACGUACAGUUAAGUCAAUUUUUUCAACUAACAAACUUUUUGAUAUCAGUUACAAAGAUAUUAAAAAAUUAAUUUGCAGUUGAAAUACCAUUGGUAUAUAAAUGUGGCAAUUAGAUAAUGUGACAAAAUAUUUCCGCUUCAAAAUAAGCUGUCCUACAUAUUAAAGUAAUGACAAAUUUAAAUUUGAUGUCACAUCUCCAUCUACAAUGGUAUGAAAAGAAUACACUUUUUACCACACGUCGAUAUCCCAGGCAACCAACUGACGUCAUAUAACGUCGAGGAAACGUCAGUUUUGGUUGAAUAUAUACACGUAUUUGAAAAUUACGUCAUAUAGACGUCUUUUGUAGGUGACUUUAAAUACGCAAGAUUAAUGACGUUAAAGUAACGUUUAAAAAACGUUUUCUUUUCAGACAGUUUAAGUCUGACGUCACAAAAUUGGGAGGAGCUUGUUUGUAUUACUCCAAACAAUUUCGUUAAAUAAUUUUCAUAAUAAAUUUCUCAUUUAUUGUUUACGUGGUUUGUGUCUUGUGUGAUAAAAUAAGACUUUUCGUUUAGAUAUUUAGUUGAAGAAACGUGUUAAUUAAGAGAUUUGUAUUCGUUUUUGCUCAGUGAGUUAGUUUAAUGCAGUAUUCUUCUUGACAACUGU